UUCAGCCAGUGGCUGUCAUGGCGGACCAAAACAAGACGGACACCGAAACGAAGUUCUACAGUGAAAUACUGAGCCCAUGUGAGCUGUUUGCUGCUCGCUCCAGGAGUCAUAAAAUCCCCGUCAGAGGACAGAAGGACUUCUACCCCAACGAUUCGGAGGAGCAAAGAUGGCGGCUGCAGCAGAGCCUGGAUGAACACUGGAGCCUCAUAUCAGAGGAGAGAGUGGAGAGGCUAGGAAACCUUGUUAAAGCCACGUGGAUUCCAAGUGACCAGAUUGUGGAGCUUCAGUCUCCAGCUGGAAAGUUUUGGCAGACGAUGGGCUUUUCUGCAAACAACAAGCAGUACCUGCUGCCUGAGGAGGCGCUCUACCUGAUGGAGUGUGGAAACCUGCAGGUGUUUUAUCAGGACCUUCCACUUUCCAUCCAGGACGGGUACGAGAGGUUUCUGUCUUCAGACACUGUGAGGCUGCAGCAAUACCAGGUGUUUGGGCAUCUGAAGAGGCUCGGCUACGUGGUGCACAGAUUUGAUCCCAGUUCAGAGGCAUCGUCUUAUGAGAAACAGCUGAACCUGACUUGGUCACGUGACAGAGGAAGACAGCUGAAGAGGAAGCGCAGUGCCAGCCCCACGCCAACAUGCAGUCGCACUGAAACACAAGAAGAACCCACAACUGAGAAAAUGGAGGUGGAUAGCUGCAGCCGUAAAGAUGAGGGGGGGUCGCACCUGGCGCCUCCUGCAGAGACUCCCGAGAACCAGACUGCCCCUGUUAGUUCUGCAGAUGAAGGUGGUGGCAGGACCUGGUGGAUGACGGAUGUUUCCGGACCAGACUCAGACAGAAGUUCAGCUCAUGUCUCCGCUUCGAGUUCCUCACGCUGGGACUUCAGUGCCAUCCCUUUCCCGGAUCUGGGCUCCAGGGAGUGCAGCCGGAGCUGCCUGGCCCCUCCAGACCCUUCGCUGCUACCUGGAGAUCUGAGCGUGGGGGUCUGUAAUGCCGCCUCCUGGAUGCAGAAGAUAAACCUGCGCAAGAUCAUCAUGUCUGCAAAGGAGAAGAGGAGGGAAGAGGACAAACGUAGGCGGCGGUGGGACGUGAACAAGGACAAGGAGGUUCGACGGUGCAGAAACUGGGCGGAGUAUCAGGAGCUCCUGGCGAGGCGGCAGGAAAAGCGUCAGGGCCGACCUGCUCACUUGUGGAAGAGGGAAGUUGCACCUUUACAUGACCCGACACAGCCAAGCUCCACCGCUGAGCUGCUGGAUAAAAUCAGAGUGAUGAAGUCUACAGAUCUGCUGGAGGGAGCAUCCGGGUUAAACGGUUCAGAGGAGUGGAGGAUUUGUUUUAAUGUUUACCAGCCCGAUUCGGUGGCUGACUUCAAGAAAAGCAAGCCGGGCAAACCGUACUCUCGCAUGUGUGUGUGCAGCUUCGAUGGUCCCGUGCCCGACCUACGAGCCAUCAAGUUGCUGGCUUUCCAGAGCGGAGACAUCCCUGUCGUCUUUGCCGUCGUCGACCACGGAGACAUUUCCUUUUACACCUUUAAAGGCUUCCAGCUGCCUACAGAUGUGUACCCCUGACCCUGAUGUAUCCAGGAGUUUUAAGUCUGUCUUUUUUUCCUGGGCAAAAACUGUAAAGUUCUUUAUGUGCUAACUUGAUUUAUAUGAGGAGCAGGAGUUUUAAUGCCAAAGCUCUGGCCUACGGGUUUAAUCUGUCGGAAGAUGAAUUUUUUUACACUUUCACCAAUGUGCUUCAAGGAAAUAUGCCAAUAUGUUAUCAUCUUUUGGAAAAAAAAGCUGUGUUAACAGCUUUAUUAUUUUUUGGAAUAAAUUGUGGGAAACAGGGGUUGCUGCUGCCUCUCUUGUUGCUAACAAUGUCUGAUAGAAUAAAAGAAUUUAAAAUGAA